GAAUGGCCGCCAUCUUUGAUUUGGGGCUGGCUUGCGUGUAUUGAUUCCCGACAUUUCCUGAAAGUAACGUUGUACUAGGUGGUGGAAAGCUUUCGCAUUCAAACUGAAGAGUGAAAACUGUGAUCGCGAUUAGUCUUUCACAUAGUACACAAGUGUGUGGAUCGCAUUAUAGCUAAGUUUGCAGGUCAGAUAACACGUUGUGCAUAGUGUGAUUUAGGAGUGGUAGCGGCAGCGUGCUUCGUCGUGCCCUUUGUGUCCAACAUCUAUUUACGGCCCAGUCUCCUUAAGAAAAUUAAAAAUGGUUCAUGAAAAUGAGGCUGUGCCUCCCUCAGUAAUGUGGGCCCAGAGGAAUAAUGUGAUUUUUCUUACAAUUUGUCUCGAAGACUGCAAGAACCCCGAAAUCAAAAUAAACAACGAUAAAAUAUAUUUUCAUGGAGUUGGCGGAACAGAGAAGAAGGACCACGAAGUAACAAUACCGCUUUUCAAAGAAAUUGACCCUGAGAAAUCGGUAAAAUGUGUUCGUGACCGUAAUAUCGAAAUGGUACUGAAGAAAAAGGAGGACGAUGGACCAUACUGGCCUCAUCUGAUGAAAGAUAAGAAGAAAUACCAUUGGCUGAAGGUGGACUUCAAUAAAUGGAAAGAUGAGGAUGAUAGUGAGGAUGAUGUUGGCCAGUCAGAGGACCUCGAAGAGAUGAUGAGGCAGAUGGGUGGCUUGGGUGGCGGCGGCGGCAGUGACAGCAAGCCCACUUUCGACGACCUCGAGCCGGAGUCUGAUUCGGACGACGAGGAACUUCCUGACCUGGAGUGAUGGCCAGAAUUCCAAGCAGCCAGAACCAAGCUUAACAGUCGUCGAUAUUUUUCCUCGUCAGUUGCCAUUCAGAGCCUGAGAUGGGAAAAUGGACCAAAAAAUUUAAAAUAAGCCCAUUAAGAGGCCCAUUGUUCAACUGUAAUCGUUUGUUAAUAACAAGUUGGAUACCUUCUUGACGCAGUUCAGACCGCUGUUGAUACCUUUUCAUGUGUGGCAUUGCAAGAAGCCUACGAGACUCUGAAGAAAUGAAUUAUGGUAUAUAAAUACCUUGCAAGUGUGAAAACCUUGGAUGCUUGCAUUUGCCAGAAAUGACAAUUAAAGGGGUAGAAGUUUCAGUUCAAAGUAAAAUUGUCUGUAUAAUUGUUUUGGUAAAUUUUGAAAACUCUUAUAUAAUGUGUUGUCUCAUUUCACCAGUUGAAUUCUCUUAACCUCGUAGUAGAAUAUUUUUAGGACUCGAGUUCUACGACCAUAAUAUUAAAUGCUCUUCGUUUCAAUGGCAGUCUAUCGCUUGGUAAUUUUUUAAUAAUUGCUGCUAUUGAUUUCAUUUCCUUGUAGUGUUUUCACCUUCUUGCAUUCCUAACCCGCCUGUUUCUUAUCUUGGCCAGUUUCCCAAACUUUUGGUGUGUCCUCCUCUGGAGCAGUUCAUAUUAAGGGCAGUGUCUUGUUGGCAUUGCCCCUCCAGCCUCUGCCUUUACAGCGCUGCUCAUUUAAACUGGAGUAAUCUUGCUAGCAGAGGAGGAGACGAACCAGAAGACAGCUUGGCAUUCAGACGUAGUUCCGUCAGUAUGUGAAGACAAAACAAUGACUGGCCACCAGCUCGUCUCACUACCAUGUUCUCCGAUCUAUGUUAUCAAGCUGUAUAAUAUUAUUUCAUUCUUAUGUUCAGGGACUGUAAUUACCAUUGUUAAAUAAAUUUCAUAAGUAGAGAUAAA